AUGAAAGUUCAAAGUGUGCUGCUGCUUCUUGUUGUUUUUCUAUGCGGUAAGUUAGGUAGAUGAAAAAGUGUUUGCCAUUGCAGAACGCACCUGAAAAAAAGCAUCGUUGUGACAGCGACAAAUGUUCUACAUAUUUCACGCAACAAUUCAGGCGGUCUCCUGCGGCAACGCGUUGAUUUGUUCAGUGACAAAAUGUUUCUUUUUCCCUAUAUACUGAUAGAAAUUUUUUUGUCCGCAGCGCAUUAUUUUUUAUGAUAAGAAAAGUCGGCGAUUAUCAGUCUGUCGGGAAAAUAGCGUGGAUUUGUCUCAACAUAAUUUCUUGCCUCCUCCAAGGAAUCUCCGGCUGCGGCCAGUCGUCACAAAUCCCAAUCUACACUAUUUUCCCGACAGAUUAAUAUAAAGACUAACGUCUGUUUGGGGUAGCACUCAACAAGCCCACACUAGCGCAAAAAUUUCCUUCGGCGAUCAAGUUAGAGACAGUUUUUUGCGAAGCAACUGAAGCCUGCGGACUUCUGGGACAUGCCCGAACUACUGCGCACUAAACUGAACACUGUGCUUCAGUCGAGACAACAACGGUUAAACGGACCGUGUCUCCAGGGUGCUGAAAAAUAGCUGUCGCGUCUUCUAUUGGCUACAUUCUACAUCGAAUACCAUUUUCAGCCUUCUCCGCUGACGCGCAGCAAAACAAUGAGGAACCAAGUUUUGGUCGGAAUAUUGUCAAGUUCUUUCGGGAUGUGAGAGGGAAGUUAAUCAGAAUAAUUGACCCGGGAAAUAAGGCGUUCGGAGGGCUGAAACAACAACAACAACAACAACAACAACAGCAAGUACCAAUGGAAGCCGGCCCUCCCAUACCACUGGAGCAGAUGCAGCCGCAGCAAGGUGUGCCGUGUGGACGGCCAAAUCGAUGUCAAAAGAAGUAAUAUGUUGUUGUAAAAUAUAUAAAAAAAGGAAUAAAAACAUUGUGAAAUACGUGCUAAAAUUUACAUUCGCUUUUUUAUUACAAAAAGAUUUGGAAAUAUUUAACAUCAAUAUCAGCCAAAAUUUGCUUACAACAGGAAAUUCUAACAAUAGAUUUGGCGGCUGAUGUUGCGAAUUGCGCUUUCAGUUGCAUAGAUGGCUUGAAUAGUUACUGUAAUGUUAACCAGGCGUUUUUAAAGGUUCAGAAACCAUCUUCUUGAAAACAAACUCCCAUAACUUUGUAAGCGGUGGAUGGAUUCAAGUGAAGCUUUUCAGAUUUUUGUAUUUAUCAGCACUAGAGAGUUGUCACCAGAGAUUGCCACGGCUCCGAAGCCGGCUCUUGGCUCCGGCUCUUGAGCCCAAAAUCGGAGCCAGGGUUCUCAGCGUUCAGAAAAGUAAAAAUUUCGUGAUCUUGUUAAACCAAUUGCUUGAAAAAUACUGGGAAGGAUGUGCUGCGUAAGUACGACAACUUGGCUCAAAAACGUUGGAAACAUUUUUGCACGGGAGCCGGUGCCGGAACUGCAAAUUUGGCCUCGGUUCCGGCUCUGAGAACUAACAGCCUGAGCCGAAAUUUUGGCCGUAGCAAUCUCUGGUUGUCAGUAAAAAAAUUCCGUGAUACCACGUAGAUUACGUUAGCCAAAUAGUAAUUUCUAAUCGGUAAAUGUCGGCUGCCCGCUGCAUAUCACAUUAUUAUCUCCUGAGGUAUAGUAAAAUAGACUUUCGGAAUAUUAAAAUAACGUCUAAUACAUUGAAGCCGAAGUAAAGUCAUAAUUGGCUUAUGCAAUUAGCCUAUAAAAACAUUAUUUUUUGAUUCAUCUAUUGAUAAUUCUGUAUGUAAAUAUGUAUAUAAACUAAAAUCAUUCGACAAAAAAUUAUUUGGGAACAUGAAGUUCCAAAGUGUCUUGGUACUAGUGGUUGUGUUGCUCUGCGGUAAGUAUAUAGCCUUAAUAUGUAAUAGCACUAGGAAAUCUGAAGUUUGAUGCUUUUUUGAGACUAAAUUAAAGGAAAAAGAGUAACAGUCUGUCGGGAAAAUAAUGAACGCAAUGUCGCUGCGCCGAUUGCGUCGCUGAAGUGAAAAGUAAUUUGAUUUUGUCGCGACACAAUUCAUUUUUUCGGCAGCGAUCCGAUUUUCGAUGCUCAUUAUUUUCCCGGCAGAGUGGUACAGUUGUAAUACUCUACACAUUUUUGGUGACAAAUACAGUUCGGUUUUAGCCGCCGCUGUGCACGCGCAAGACGACGGCCCUAGCUUCGGAACCAACCUGGUUGAAUUCUUCCGCAAUCUCAGAAACGGCGUUGUCAGAUUCAUCGAUCCCGGAAACAAGGCUUUUAAGCAACAACAGCAAUAG